AUGACAAAGCCAGUUAUACCGGACCUACGAUUUGAAGAGAGUCUUAGAGCAAGACUUGUGAGAAACACCAUAUUAAAACAAGGCUUGCCUUGUGAAGAUGGGGAGAAACCUGCCAAAGUGGCAAUACCAUGGUCUGUUCUUGCACAGUCCUUGGUGGUCGACCAAAUCAUCAUGCCGUUUCUCCAGAGCUUCCUAUUGACGAGUGCAUUGAUCUAUGUUCGCCCCUUGCUGAGGUACUUUUCAAACAGAGGGUACCAAUUUGGAUCGUCGCUAAUCAAGUCAAUCAAGACCUUCUCAAAGACAAUUUUCUUUCUAAAUAUCAAUACUAAUAUGACGACUAGCAGUACAGGCACUGCGGCCGCAACUACAGUCUAG